CGUAGUCAUGUGCGCCGAGAGCGAGCAAGAAAAGGGGGGAGUGUCUCAGCGAACGAGAGCCACAACUCUGGCGUGUGAGCGUGUGCAAGUGUGUGUGCGAGUCUGAAACGGAGGCAGAGAGGAGAGAGGAGAGAGGAGACACCCCCGGCUGAUGCUGAAACGUCCGCUGCUACUAGUACCACUGCUGAAGCUGCUGUUGGCAUCUGAGCCUUCUUCUUCUUUUACACUCAGCUGGAGCUCUCUGUGCCUCUAAACUGGGCUUGUUUGUGACUGUCUGAAUGUGUGAAUGGGCUGCCCGAGAGAGAGAGAUGCCUGCUAAGGAGUGACUGAUGAGAACCAGCGCUCCGGUGUGGAGGGUGACCCCCUGUGUCCGUGCCACCACUACUCGGGGAGAAUUGGACGCCUGGCGUUUCCACGACGACUAUAAUGGGCUGCAAUCUGUGCACUUUACAGAAGCGAGAGGAACACUACAAGCUGCUGUAUGAGAUUGCACAGGUGAAUGGGAAGGAGUUAUCCAAGUCCAGCCAUGAUGAGACUGUGGAGGCCUUUCGCGCUGCCAAGGACCCCGUUGUGGUGCAGGUCAUCAGGCGGACCCCCAGCGGCCGCCCCCAUGGCCCCCCUCAGGAAAUCCAUGUGGUGGAUGUGUGCACUCAGACCGACAUCACCUUUGAACACAUCAUGGCGCUGGCAAAGCUCCGGCCUUCAACCCCUCCUGUGCCUGACGUCUGUCCCUUUCUGCUCUCUGACAGCUGUCAUUCUCUUCAUACAAUGGACCAGGAUUACUAUGAAGGGACAGACUACUUCUCCCCUAUUCCAGCUGAUGGAGACAGGGCCGAGGAGUUUGAAUAUGAGGAGGUGGAACUGUGUCGACUCAGCAGCCAGGAGAAGUUGGGGCUAACUCUGUGCUACAGGACGGAUGAAGAGGAGGACGUGGCCAUUUAUGUUAGUGAGAUCAGUCCAAACAGCAUCGCUGCCCGUGAUGGACGUAUCCGAGAGGGGGAUCGCAUUUUACAGAUUAAUGGCCAAGAUGUACAAGACAGAGAAGAAGCAAUGGCUGCGCUCUCCAGUGAUGAGCGAAGGACCAUCGUACUGCUGGUCGCCAGACCUGAGCUGCAGCUGGAAGAGGCCUGGCUGGAUGACGAGCAUAGUGAGUUCCUGGAGCAGCUGAAGAUGGAAAUGUUGGAGGAGCAGCAGAGAGAGGAGAUGGAAUUAGCUGCCUUACAGGAGGAACAGGAGAACGAACAGAGAGAUGAUGACAAGCCCACCUGCUCCACACUUUCUCAUCAUAAGGACAGUGUACUGAGUAUAAAAGACAGAAUGGAGAGUUCAGAGCACAAUGUCUUGGCACACAUCCAGAGACGUCUGUCUCAGUGCCUGAGAGACAAUCGGGACACACACUGUACCAGCAGCUCCUCAAGGUUGGAGGACAGAGAGGAUGAGGAUGAUGAGGAGACAGAGGGCGAUCGCUUCCAGCAACUUUUGGAGCUUAAGUGUCAGAUACGCAACAGCGGUGAGUAUGACCUGUUCUACAGCCGCCGCAGCACCAUUGAGUGCAGCGUGGGGGAGCAGGGCGGCGUACAGCAUGAGCUACGGAUGCUCAACGAGGAGCUGCGCAGCAUCGAGCUUGAAUGUCAAAACAUUAUGCAGGCCCAUAAGCUUCGUAAGGGUCAGCAGUCUCCCUCUACGGGCCAUUCUGUGCCCUCCACCAAAAAUCAAAACUUCCACCAUGGAGAGCCUACAAGGGGGAAGCUGACUGACAUAAACGAGAGGCUGGAGAAAUCAGACAAGGACAGCUCCAGUGCCUAUAACACGGCAGAGAGUUCACGGAGCACCCCUCUGGCAAUGGACCGCUCCCCGGAGCACUCUCUUCAGAGAAUGGUUAGUCUCACCAACCAGAGGAACCUCUGCAGUGGUCUUGCUACUGGCCCUUCUCUAAGCCCCAGUCCCAUCCCAGCAUGCCGUGUUCCAGUCCUUGGCAAGAGCAGCAGCCCCGACCACAGCAAUCCAUCUGAGUCGGACCAGACAGCUCAGGCUGAGGAGGAGAGCAGGGGGAAGCUGAAGUCAUGUGCUUCCCGGAUUCCUUACUUCUCUCCUUCUCACAGCUCCCAGCAGAGGCAGGCUAACAUCCCAGCUCAUGCCCGCCACUACCAGAGCUACAUGCAGCUGAUCCAGCAGCGCUCAGCUGUUGAGUACGCUCAGAGCCAGCUCAGCCUGCUUAGUGUCUGCAAGGAGCCUCAGAGGCCCAUUAAUGAGCCGAAGAUGGAGUGGAAGGUUAAGAUCCGUAGCGAUGGCACCCGCUACAUCACCAAAAGGCCUGUGAGAGACAAAAUCCUGAGGGAGCGAGCCCUAAAGAUUAAAGAAGAGCGUAGUGGAGGAAUGACCACGGAUGAUGAUGCAAUGAGUGAAAUGAAGAUGGGGAAGUACUGGAGUAAAGAGGAAAGAAAGCAGCACUUAGUCCGGGCCAAAGAACAGAGGAAAAGACGAGAAUUCAUGCAGCGUAGUCGGCUGGAAAGUUUGAAGGAGAAUCCUCAGAGCAGCAGCGAGGGUCGCAAGGAAGUCAGCAUUAUCGAGCUCAGCCACAAGAAGAUGAUGAAGAAACGCAACAAGAAGAUCUUGGAUAACUGGAUGACAAUCCAGGAGCUGAUGACUCAUGGUACUAAGGCCCCUGAGGGAGCCAAAGUGCACAAUGCCUUCCUUUCGGUUACUACUGUAUAAAAAAAAAAACCAACAAAACACACAUUCUACCCCAUGUGGUAUAACAUACUUGCCUCGUUAAAUGUGGCAUUUUUAUGAGGACAAUAGGAAUAUUUUUCACACUUUGUAACCCAAAAAGCAUUUUGUAAAGGAUUUAUCAGUGGCGUCAUUGCAUUUUCUUGAUGUUUUUUCAAAAUUGUUUUUCACAUCACUCUGUGGGAAAAAAACAUUUUUUCUAUGAAACUAUGACAAUACAAUUAUUUUAUUACUUCACUCUAGACAUGAUUAUCUUUUCAAUUCUAUUUUCAUAUUUAUGUUGUAACCAUAUAACUCAAGACAGUUGUAUGAGAAUCUUAAGUUUUUUUUUCCUUUUGUGUAUUAUGUACACUUACCAAUGACAGAUCAGUGGGUCACCUGCCUUUCACUUACUUUUUUACAGCUCCUUUAAUGAACAGAUCUACCUGACCUUCAAAGCUGAACGUUUCUCAUUGUUGUUGAGAGUCAGCUGAAUUUUUGUUUCAUACUAUUGGUGCUUGGCCAUGGCCUAAAAUUCCAACCUAUUAUCUAAGGCUCAAGCCACACUGCUUCCUCCACCUGUGCAUGACUGGCAUGGAACCUUUUUCUUUUGGCAUCCAUGUUACCAGAUUUCAGCAGCCACACAACCUGAGUGAGACACACGUCUAAUGUGUAGGUCGGCAACACACUGUCUCGAGUUUCGGCUCGGAGCCUAUUUUAUUGAGAUCUAUGGUUCGUUCUCAGCAAAAAUAGGCAGCAGAAAGAUCUUUUGAUGGUCAUAUUGACAUUAUACCAGCAACAUUUCACCACCGUUUCAGUGUCUAUAUCUGUAGAAUAUGUCUGAAAUGGAAAAAAAAGCUUUUGGAUUUUAUUCAGCUCAUCUACUUUUAACUCCAUUUCAAAAGGAUGGAAGGCUUAGUAGUAAAAGAAUAAUGAAAGCCCUUUUGCAGACAAAAUAUUGUAUUUAUUGAAGUCAUAUUCAUGUUGAAACACAACAGUAGCAGUGCUGCAGUAGCAUCACUCAGUGUGGACACACAUGCAAAGCUGCAGCAGUUCAACAAGUUAGCCAUCACCUACAGGUAGAGCUAGACAGUGUGGCCCAAGCCCAACACUUACCCAUAGAGAUACCAUAUGGUUACUACAACUUAAAUGUUAUUUUUUAAGGUAAUGUAAGGUACAAACUUCAGCUUUAAAGGCACACAUGUCACACAUUCCAGUUAUGGUACUGUAUAAUUUGUUUCAUAUAAGGAAGUUAAGUAUAACUAUGGCAAAGUGUAAUGAAAUUUAAAUAAAUGGUCACUUGGAAUGCAGUUUCAUGGGUCAAACAUUUUAUGUCAACAAACUUGACAACUGCGAUCAUGAAAUGUUUGCGUUUCAGCAGCUAAUUUUUACUCAGUUGUUACUGCUACAUUUUGUUCAAAUAUAUAUUUAACAAAAAUGUAUCCUAUGUGUCCCACUUAAAGCAAGGCAGACACUGAACAAGUCCAUUCCUCUCCACUGUGUUGAAAAGAAGAAAAUCCCCAAAAAUGUUUCAACUAAAAAUGUCAUAUUUGUCACCGGAGGGAAGUUCAAGAGAUUGAACACCGCUGAACAUUGUAACGUGUCAAUGAGUAGAGAUUUCUGGUCGACAAUUGACUUUUGUUAACAUCAAUUUUAUCAGCAAUUUUGUAAAAAUGUCUUUAAAAAGUUGGAUACCUCAUUUUACAAGGAAACUCUUCAUGUGUUCUUUCUGCAAUUUGUGAACUAGAGGACUUAAACAACAAGGAGACAGCACAUGUCAAAACCUCUGGAGAAUCCUUUGUCAUUUUAUCAAAAUAUUUUUGGAGAUUCUUGGAGUACAGGACGUCUGUAAAGAUGCAACUCAUUGCCAGUGCUGCUGCUUUGUUUGUCUGGUUUGCAGCUUUGAGUAAAAUUAUUUUGUAUCGAAUUUUAUUUUGACUUAAUGUUGAGUUUUUUUCUACAUAUUCAACAACAGAUGGACCUGCCCAUAGCUUUUCAUACCAAUAUUUUCUACAUAAUUUUUACUCUCUACAUACACCUUUACUCAGCAUAGCCUUAACAGCAAAAUCUGCAUCAUUAACACAUUGAUGUAACUUGAUUUCAUACGCAGACUGUCUGUGCAUCUCUGUGCAACAGAGGCAUUUUAUUCAGCCUUAUUCAUACAUUGUUUAAGUUAUUUGUAACUCGAAACAUUCAUAGAUAUUGUAUAGUCGUUGCUGAAUUAUGUUUGCUGUCACAUUAAACUGGUGUUGGGAUGAUUGCCACUGAGCAGGACUCAGAACACAGCAUUUUAGAACUGAUGAUAUGAAUGGGUCACUAUUUAUCAGAAGUCUUUAUAGUUCAGUUACAUGUACAGUAUACUCAUUCCAAAAGCCUCAUUUUUAACUCAAGUAUUGUAAAUUUGAAACUUUAAACCAAGUCCUGUAUGUUUUGAGUCAAUGUCUGAUGCUCUAAUUUUGAGUAAUGCGUAGGUGGCGCAUCUGUUGCCAGGUAAAAUGUGUGAUAAUGGUGAUCUUUGCAAAAGAAAUGAUAAUAAAUUAUUGUUUUUUUGGUA